AUGGAAGAUAAAUACCAAUUUAAAUAAAAUAAAACUGGAAAGCCAAUUUAUAGAAUUUGUGUAACAGGAGGUCCAUGCGCUGGAAAAACAACAAGUUUAAUCACUCUCAAAGAAAGACUCACAGAAAGGGGAUUCAAAGUUUUUACUGUACCUGAAAUACCAACAAUAACAAUGUUAGGAGGAGGAAUGAUUAUAAUGAAAGGUCUUACAAACGAAAAAGCCUGCAGAUUUUAGACUUUAUUAAUGAAGGAAGUUAUGAAUUUAGAAGACUACUUUUACGAGUUGGCUGUUUUGAAUGAUGAACCCGCAGUAAUAUUAAUGGACAGAGGUGUAAUGGAUGCUAGAGCAUAUAUGGAUGAAAACAGAUGGUAAACAAUUUUAGAUGAAACCGGUUGGAAUCCAGUAUAUUUAAGAGAUAAAAGAUACGAUGCUGUAAUUCAUUUAAUAACUGCAGCAGAUGGAGCUGAAGCUUUUUACACUUUAGAAAACAAUGCAGCUAGAUAUGAAGAUGUACCUACAGCAAUUAAAGUUGAUUAAGCUUUAUAAAAUGCUUGGAGAGGGCAUCCUCAUCAAGUAAUAAUAGAUAACAAUGUACCUGGAUUUGAUAAGAAAAUCGAAAAAACAGUCUAAUCAGUAGAAAGAUACAUAGGAAUUCCUGUGACAUCAUCAUAUUAUAGAAAAUUUUUAGUUUAAGAAUAUACUGAAAAAAACCAAUUCGAAAAAUUGAGAAAAAGAGGACAAAAUGGAGCCUUUUCCUAUGUACAUACUAUCAGAUAAAAAACAGAUAAUAAAGAUUUACGUUGCGAAGUCAAAAGUAGUAUUACUGCCCGAGAAUACAUUAACUUAUAUGAAAGAAGAAAUAAUGCUUAUUAACCUAUUAAAAAGGAAAGAAUAACCUUUUUAUAUGAUAAAAUUUCUUAUAUUCUUGAAAAAUUCGAUGGUAUAAUACUUUUAAGGUAUGUAUCAGAUAUUGAAGUAUCGUAUAACUUCGUAUAAUGUACGAAGUUAAGCAAGGAAGUCACAGAAGAUGAGUCAUUUUCAACUUUCCAUUAAGCUUAAUAAAAAUGA